CGGCCAAUCGCGGGCCGCGAUUGGCCGAGGGGAGAAGGCGCGAGCCGGGGCGGCCGGUUUAAAAGGGGAGAGGCGGGAGUGGCGCGAGCCUGUGGCCCCGCUCUAACCACCCCCGUGACGAAGAUGGUCCGCACCAAGGCUGACAGCCCGUCCACCUCCACCGGCUCCUUUCGUAAAGCUGUUGCUGCCAGAGCGCCAAGGAAGGCACUUGGAUGUGCAAGUACAGCCAAUGUCUCCCUAACAUCUCCUGGAAAAAAGGAAAACAAAUAUGCUGGUGGGAACCCAGUAUGUCCAAGACCAACACCAAAGUGGCAGAAAGGGAUUGGAGAAUUCUUUGGUCCUUUCAAACAGCCUGGAAAGGAGAAUACAGAGCCCUCAGAUAUCAGCAGUAGCAGCAAGGCUGGAACAAGUAAAGCUCCAAGGAGGGCACGUGUUCUGCCUGAGGACUCUGCGGAAGCAGCUUCAGAUGAAGAGAACUGAAUACCACUUGCCCACACCACGUCUAAUACUUGAAUCGAUCUUCCUUGACGUGUAUAUUUGUAUAUAUGUCUAUUGCUAAGUAGUAUGGAUUUCUUAGUUGUCUUGUACAGAGUUAAAAUACCAUUAAAAGCCAUAACGAUGCAAUCAAUUUAAAAGCUACCAGUUGAAUAUUUUGGUCCAGGGCCAGUGAUCCUUGAGCAAAAUGAAACUACAUAAUUAUUUGUUUUAUUAAUCUUUUUGACCUAUACUUGUGUUGAUGGGUGGGGUUAGAAAUGAAACUUCAUGAACCAAGACCUAUAACCUAUCUUGUGAAUUUGCUGUAUUUUUACAAUUAUCUUUUAUAAUAAAUUUUUAAGCUGUGCCAAACUAUAAA